UUUUCUUUACAAGCUGUGUAGCUGUUUCUUGUCUUUUAUUUGCCUAGUUUUUCACCCUUUCUUAUCCAAACCCUGGCGCUGAAGACAAAUAAUUCUGAUUGAUAUUGAAAUCUGCAACUCGGUAUACAAUCACUAGAAAUCAGAAUCAGAAGAAGAACAAAACAAUUGUCACAAAAGUCAACGGCUAAGAGCCUUGAUAAAAUGACAGAAGAGUUAUAUUGAGAAAAGGAGGAAGGAAAUAGCAAGAGAGAAGGGGAAAGGAAAGGAGAAUGAAGAAGGGAAUAACACUACUAACCAUAACAGUGAUCGCGAUAUGUUUGGCUACGGUUAGCAGUGCGCCGGAGUCCCCACCGUACACUGUGGUACACUCGCAGUCCGAUUUCGAGAUCAGGCUCUAUGGAACCUCCGUUUGGAUGUCUGCUCCCGCUCUCGACAUUUCCUUCGAGAAAGCCUCCUGGGACGGUUUUCACAGGUUGUUCCAGUUUACUGAAGGCGCCAAUCUCAAUUUCUCACGAAUCCCAAUGACCGUUCCCGUCUUGACCACCACCGUCCCCGGAGCCGGUCCCCUCCAGUCCCAAGGCUACUACGUUAGUUUAUACUUACCCGUUAAGUUCCAAGGAAACCCACCACUGCCGCUUCCAGAACUCAAUAUCAGGCCCUAUGAAUUCACCACCCACUGCGUUGCGGUUAGAAAGUUCUCUGGAUUCGCCAAUGAUGAGAGGAUUGUCAAGGAGGCGGAAAAGCUUGCCACCAGCCUCAGUCGCUCUCCCUGGGCGCAGUCCAAGACUCGCCGUGGUUACUCGAUCGCGCAGUACAAUACUCCCAUCCGAAUUGUGAAUCGCAAAAAUGAGGUCUGGGUGGACAUUGAUGCUCCUCAAUUAGGCUGUGAAUCGGUUGGGAUUUCCACGUAUUGAUAGAAGGAGUAUGGAAGAAUGGUUCGGUACUUGUGAAAGUGUUCUUGCCUGCUUCUUGUACAGGUCUGUCUAUGUUCAUAUUGUUUAACUGUCAUGAAAUAUAGACUUGUGUUGUUUCUUGAAAUAAUAGGAUCGCGUGAGAUUUUUCACACUAUCAUGUCUAUGGAAAACAGAUAGACUUCCUUGCACUGUGUCAGUUAUGUUAUGAUGGGAUCUGUAGAAGAAAAAUGUCACUUUCUUUUCUCUUUCAACUAAUCAAUUGUUAAACUUAGUGACAGUGAUUA